AUGGGGCUCCGAAGCCCGGAGAGGGCACGUGGCCUGGAGAGUACAGCCAUCGUCACGCGUGGCAUGAGCACCCCCCAGGCUAUGCAGUGCCGCCACGGCGCCGCAGCCCGUGAGAAGGACAACAAAAAACACGCCGCAGGGCGUGACCGAAGGCCGGCGGCGCCAGGCUGCCGCUGGACAGAGAGAGGUCGAGCAAUCGAGGCUUCUCUCGGCACAGCUCGGCGCGAUCGCACGAACACCACCUGGGGCUUGCCGGCGGCGGGCGCUUGCUGGGCCGCCCGGGUGUGGAGAUCGAGCCAGUUUGCAUGA